CUCCCCUCCAGUUGUUUUAUCGGUUGUUCAAGCCGGUAGGAAGACAGUUUCUGCGGCCACUUGAACUAUCAGAGACCAAAUCCACCAGCUGUCUACACGCAUGCUGAAAUAAAUGCAUUGAUCUCGCUUCCAGAGCUCAGGCACCCCACCCCAGUCUUUAUUUCCUCAAGUUCCUCUCGGUCUCGUCGACUCGGCUCCACCGUCGCCCUGCUGCCGGCGUCGCUGCCCAGCUAUACUCCGUAUAUAUGCAAGCCCAGCGGCUGUUCAAGAUGGCUGCAGAACAGGUGCUCGAUGGCGUCUUUGCCAUCAACAAGCCCUACGGCAUGAGCUCCGCCCAAGUCAUCCGUGACUGCAAGACCUACUUCAAUCCCUCCAAUGUAUUCAAGCCCAUGAUCGAGCAGGAGACGGCCGCCCGUCAAAAAGAGUCAAAUUUCCAGCAGAAGCGCCGCCGCAAGGUCAAGCGCGCAAUUGAGGUGAAAAUGGGACACGGCGGCACCCUAGACCCCAUGGCCACUGGUGUUCUGAUCCUGGGGUGUGGGAAGGGCACCAAGGCGCUCUCCAGCUUCCUCAGCUGCACCAAGACCUACGAGACGGUCGUUGUCUUCGGCGCCUCCUCCGACUCAUACGACCGAUGCGGACACCUGCUGAAGAAGCGACCGUACGACCACAUCACAAAAGAGAAGGUCCUGGAGGCCCUCGAGAACUUCCGCGGGACCUACCAGCAGAUGCCGCCCUUGUUCUCCGCGCUCAAGAUGGAGGGGAAACCACUAUACGAGUACGCGCGCGAGGGCAAGCCCAUCCCGAGGGAGAUCCAGACGAGGGAGGUCACCGUCACGGAGCUGGAGCUGCUGGAGUACUAUGAGCCCGGCACCCACACCCACUACUGGCCGACGGCCGAGGCCACCGCGGCGGAGAAGCAGUACGCCGAGCAGCUGUGGCGCGUCGAGAGGGACCAGGCCGCAGGUAAGACGAUGACGCCCGAGCAGGAGGAGGCCGACAGCCAGGCGCUGGCGGCACACGAGGACCUGAAGCGCAAGUUCGAGGAGAGGCAGGACGACCUGGUCAAGGAGCGCCAGGCCAAGAAGCAAAAGAAGAACAGCAACCAGUCCGAGACGCCAACCACCACCGAUAGCCAGGACAAGCCAACCUCCCCAGUCAUGUCGGGCGCGCUGGGCGAGCUCCCUCCUAAGGGCAAGGGCUCCGACCUGGUCCCGCCGGUCCAAGAGGGCGCAGCUGCCCCGUGGGAGGACAAGGGGCCUCCUGCCGUCAAGAUCCGCAUGACGGCGACGUCGGGGUUCUACGUGCGGUCGCUGGCCCACGACCUGGGCGAGAAGCUGGACUCGGCGGGGCUGAUGACGGAGCUGGUGCGGAACCGACAGGGCGAUUUCGUCCUGGGCGGGCCCAACUGCCUCGAGUACGACGACCUCGCCAAGGGGGAGGACGUGUGGGGCCCCAAGGUCACAGGCAUGAUCCAGCGAUGGAACCAGCCGGGGGGCAUCAACGGCGGCGAGAGCGAGGCACAGCAGAAGGUCAAGGUUGAGGAGAAGGCGGCCAAGAGUCCUAGUCCCAAACGUGAAGGCACGCCUGAGCGGGCUGGGGGCCCCAAAAAGAGCGGUAGCCCAGCGCGGCGGUCUCCCAGUCCGAAGAGAGAGCGGAGCAGCAGCCCCAGGAAAAGCUGAGCUGAGAAGCCGAUGAUUGUCACCAAGUUCUUCAAAGCAGAGGCCAGAUGCCCGAUGACUGUGUAAUUGGACUCAAAGCAUGCUGCUGGAACCACAGCCUAUAUGCAGUAGUUGAGUAUGGCUUGUCCAAGAAAGACUUGGAUCUGAUAGAGGAGCUCAUGUCAGAAGUGGUGGGCAUUUGAAAAGGCCAUUAUUACACAGUUUAGCACCAGUGUCGAACCACCAUGGCUGCUUCAAAACAGGAUUUGAUUAUGUGAUGAAACAAUCCUCUACCAAAAUCUCGUCGUAAUCGACGCAUUAUUACCUAUCUAAACGUAUUCAUGACCAUUUUCCCACCCAUGUCAACGGGCUCAUUAUCAAUCUCCCCCUGAUUCCAGUCUCUACUCAGUACAAGAGCAGCAUUAAUAGUCAUCCCUUCGUGGUAUCAUAACGGCAGAACAAAGAAGAAUUAAAUAGUGAGAGAAAGAAGGCGGACAUGUAUAGAACAGAACAGAAUAGGACAAAAAAAAACCCAGAGACGUGUCAUGCACUAGGCACUAACCCUCUUCUCGGCAACACUGGCAUCCGCACCACUAUUCAGAAGCGCCCGCGCCCUCUCGAUGCGGCCCAUGGCCUGCUCGAGCCUCUCGAGGCGCCUCUUCUUCUCGUUCUCGCGGCGCUCCAGCUCGCCGACGCGCUCCUCGAGGCGGGCGCGGGCCCUCCGCUCGGUGGCGACCAUCUCGUUGGCCUGCUCGAACAGGGUGACGCUCAGGUCCUCGAUCUCCUUGCUCGAGUCGUUGAGCUUGCCCUCGGCGGCGAGGCGGAGCUGCUGCUCGCGGGUGAGGGCCUCGAGGAGGUCGUCGCUCGAGGGGGCGGGCGAGUGGCCGGGGGUCCAGGUGACCUUGCCGCCGGAGAGGGAGAGGGUCAGGGGGGUGCCGCCGGGGGUGCGGGGCGGGGCGAGCGACGAGGUGCUCCGGCUGCUCUGGUGGCCCGGGCUGGCGGCGGGGGGCGUGCCGGCGGGGAGCAGGGACGAGGUGCUCAGGGAGGACUGGUGGCCGGCGGCGGGCUGCUGGGCCUUGAGGUUCGGGGUGGACUUGCGCGACAGGUAGGCGGAGAUGCGGCUGCUCGCGGCGGAGGCGAAGCUGGUGACGGCGGCGCCGGGGCUGCCGACGGAGCUGUUUGUGGCCGGGGACGAGGGGGUCUCGCGCAGGGUGGGGGUCUGCGGCCUGGGGUUGCUGUUGGCGGCAGGGGUGCUGUUGUUGCGUUUCCUCAGCUCGGCCUUGAGCUUCCCCAGCUCAUCCUCGUAGUCGGCCCAGCGGUCGACGGCGGCGGUGGCCUUCUGGUUCAGGAGGCGGACCUGGGCCUCGAGGUCCUGGAUCUGCUUCUGGGCGGCGGUGAGGGCGAGGGAUUGGGCGUCGGCGGAGGGGUCCUUUGGGAUGAAGGACAAGGAGAGGUCGUUGCCGCAGCUGGGGCAGCAGGGGAUUGUGCUCAGUCUUGGUUGCGGGAGGGCAGGCAUCGUCAGGGUCAUUGUUGAGGACAUUUUCGAUGUUGUGUGGUGAUAACUGGGCGAGCCAAUUGAUUCGAUUUUAUGGUGACGAGGACGAAGAGUGAAGGCCUAUAUUUCAGUCUCGUGGUGUGCCUCGCGUCGCUGGCUGCGCGGGUGGGUGAGGUGAAUAUGUGGUUGUGGCGAUGACGGCGGGAGUCCUCUCUUUGGUGGCUGGGGGAUGGGGACCCUGGGGACUGGGGAUUGGGAUGGGGAAUGGGGACGGCCGUCUAGCGUCGGGAUCGGUGAGUUGGGUCGUGGUUGCCGUGGCUCACUCUUGCUUGUCACAUGACGAGACCAAAUCACGCUGUCGUCGGCACGACCUGGCUGUUGCUUUGAUUCCUCUUGCUGCGCGAGAACAGAAUCCAGGGGAGGGGCAGGGGCGUCUGAUCUUUUUUAUCAUUUAUUUGUGAUGCCCGACGGCGUGGGAGCAGUCGGGACAAGGGGACAUGGGACAUGGGGGAGUGCAGGGGACCAACCGACAGGGCCUUGGAAUAAAGUUGACCGCAUGGCCUGCUGCGGUAAGGUGGCGGGUGUCACCAGCAGGGACGGCAGGGACAGCAGGGACAGCAGGGACAGCCCGAGCCCUCGCCAAGUGCGCGACUCGGCCCCGCCUUUUACGGUUUGGGGUCCUGAAACUGCCGGGGAGUCCUUGCGCAUGUGCUAUUUGGGUCACGACGGGUCGCAUAGCAAGUCUAGUGUACGGAGUACUGUGUAGUCCACAGGGUCCGGUUCGGGCACACAGUACUGGCAAGUGGCCGAGUUUCUCAAACGCUGCAGAGAUGAAAAGGCUAGUCGGGUGUUUAUCCUCUGGUCCUUGUUUUAUCUAACCUUUGUUUUGCAACUGUCGGUGUGUGUGGACGAAAGGCUCGGCCUCAACGGCUGAGCGACUCACCAUCGACCAAGCACCAGAAUACACUCACCACCUGCCUCCCUCGACUACAGCACAAGGAUCGGCGUGCUGCAGCGUCAAUCCUGAUCUUCAGGCACCGGCCCUUCUGCCCUUGCGGCCUCACAGUCACAUCCACGAAGGGCUGUCUGUGUGUGGCAACAUCGGCUCACUGGAUGAAUAACUCACUUGCUCACCUCCAUGCGCAUGGUCCCAUCCGAAACAGCUCCCAGAGGUCGUCAACCAAUCCAGCACGUGUCGUCUCAUCGUCUCAUCGUCUCCUCUUGACCCCAGGCAAUACCUGCUUCACAUACCCACAUCCAAGCUGUUCAAGCUCACACUCAGACCCCAGGCGAGCUCACACAACUGCCCCGAGUCAUCCGAUUUCACCUGAUAGCCCACCCGAUUGGGGCCCUUUAGUCUUGGAAAUGGAUUCAUCAGUCACAGUCUUAAACUUAAGAAACCCUCUGGUGACCCGACCCCGGUGCCCACCACAUCCCUGAGCAAUAAUCCGCUUUGAGAGAGACGACAACAGAUCUACUGGUUCAGCAGGGCCUCAAACGCGGGAGGAUACCUCCCUCCGGUGAUGGGCAGCGACUCCAGCAGUUUCUGCAUCUCGGCCAGAUCGUCGGCACUCAGCUCAACAUCCCGGCAGUUCUCCACCACCCUCUCGACCUUCCUCGUCCCGGGGAUUGGGAUCGCUCCCUGCCGUCUCACCCAUGCCAUGGCCACCUGGGCCACCGUUGCGCCCUUGCGCCCAGCGAUCUUCUCAACAGCCUCGACCAGCUUGAAGUUCUGCUCAAACGCCCCAGGCUGGAACCGCGGGAGGUGACGCCGCGGGUCCGUCUCCGGGAUGUCCCCAGGCUUCCGGAACUCCCCAGUGAGCCAUCCGCGCCCUACGGGGCUGUAUGCCACCAGCGCGAUAUCAACUGCCGCAGAAACAUCUCAUCAGUCCAGGAACAAAAAAAAAAACUGAACGGGGCAUUGCAUCCGGUACUGUGUACUCACGCUCGUGGCAGGCAUCCGCCACCCCGCUGCUCAGCACGUCCGUCGUGAAGAGACUCAGCUCGAUCUCCACCGCCGCAAUCUCCGCCACCUUGGCCGCCCGCCGGAUCGUGGCCGCGCUGACCUCGCUAAGGCCUAUCCCGCCGAUCUUGCCCUCCGACACGAGCCCCGCGAGCGCGGCCACGCUCGUCUCUAUGGGGACCGUGGGGUCCACGCGCGCCAUCUCGAAAACAUCGAUCUUCUUGGUCGCGCCCAGGAUGCGCAGUGCCUCCUCCACCGACGCACGGAUGCCCUCGGGGCUGCCAUGCGGCGUGUUGGUCGCCCGGUCGAAUGCGCCUUUGAUCGAGAGGACGACCUUGUUUGCGUCCUCGGGGUACCUUGUGAAGUAGUACUUUAGGAGGUGGAGCGAGUUGGACUCUGGUGUGCCGUAGAACAUGCCCUGUUGUGCCUGUCA